AUGCUUCUAGAGUUGGAGACUUGGACUGCUUUGGUUGUUUUGUUUUUGCUUGUGUUGAUUCUAAAGGAGUCGAUCAUGGGAGGUAAUAGUUCGAAAGUGUCUGAAAGAAGGCGUGUUUCAUCGUAUGGAUCUGCUGGUUCUUCAGCUUCAUGGGAUAACUAUGGAUACCCUCAGACACCAAAUGCAUACCCAGAACAAAAUACAUAUCAUACGCCUCUUCAUAACCGUGCCUCGGCUCCAUUUCAUGACUAUUCACAGCCAAAAAGGAGGUUGGAUAGGAGAUACUCCAGAAUAGCUGAUGAUUACAAUUCACUGGAUGAGGUUACCACUGCUCUUUCUCACGCUGGACUGGAAUCUUCUAACCUCAUUGUUGGCAUUGAUUUUACAAAGAGCAACGAGUGGACAGGGAAGAGGUCAUUCAACCGAAAGAGCUUACAUCAUAUAGGAAGUGAUCAUAAUCCUUAUGAACAAGCAAUCUCGAUUAUUGGGAAAACUUUAAGUGCUUUUGAUGAGGAUAACUUGAUUCCUUGUUUUGGUUUUGGAGACGCAUCAACGCAUGAUCAAGAUGUCUUUAAUUUCCAUUCAGAUGAGAGGUUCUGCAAUGGAUUUGAGGAAGUUCUGUCAAGAUAUAGAGAUAUUGUUCCUCGCCUACGUCUAGCAGGACCCACUUCAUUUGCUCCUAUUAUUGAGAUGGCUAUGACUAUAGUUGAGCAGAGUGGCGGCCAAUAUCAUGUCUUGCUAAUAAUUGCUGAUGGACAGGUGACCAGAAGUGUUGACACGCAACAUGGCCAGUUAAGUCCCCAGGAACAGAAGACCAUUGAUGCAAUUGUAAAAGCCAGCGAGUAUCCACUUUCAAUAGUUUUGGUGGGGGUUGGAGAUGGACCGUGGGACAUGAUGAGGGAAUUUGAUGAUAACAUUCCAGCGCGAGCAUUUGACAAUUUUCAGUUUGUGAAUUUUACCGAAAUAAUGUCAAGGAGUGUAGAUUCAAGCAGAAAAGAAACAGACUUUGCUCUAUCAGCUUUGAUGGAGAUACCUUCUCAAUAUAAGGCAACUAUAGAUCUUGGCAUAUUGGGUGCACGGAGGGGACAUUCACCAGAUAGGGUUGCUCUACCUCCACCUCAUUAUGAGAGGACUUCUAGCAGCAGCACAUCUUUUCGUUCAAAUAGUUUUCAGCAAAGUACACCUACAUAUUCAGGCUACGAUAACGUUAACGCAGCAUCAUCUUCAGGUGGCUUAUAUGAUAAUAAGGUUUGUCCAAUUUGUCUUACUAAUGGGAAGGAUAUGGCAUUUGGUUGCGGGCAUCAGACUUGUUGUGAAUGUGGAGAAAGCCUCGAAUUCUGCCCCAUAUGCCGAAGCACAAUCACUACCAGAAUAAAGCUUUACUAG